AUGACGCUUGCUUUCCCAUCAAUCACUGCACCAGCAGUGACUCGUAAAGUUGGAGUUUCAAGUGCUGACAGCAACAGGCCAGCACCUUGCAGUCUAAUGAGUGAUGAGAAUAGCGAUCCAAAUUUGAGUCAGCGAGUACAGGCAGCAAUUGAUCGUCUACUUGGCGUGAGCUCCGCAUUUAAAGACUUGCAGCCAGGAAAGGAUAUUCAGGUUUCUACGCGUGAAGAAACAAUUGCAAUGAUGCAACAUUACUUAAAACGUCUGAAUUUAGGGGAUAUCGUAGACGAUAGCUCUCCUAGAGCACUUUCAGUUGUCCACGUAGCGGGGACUAAAGGCAAAGGAUCUACUUGCGCUAUGGUGGAACGAAUCUUACGCCAAGCUGGUUACAAAACUGGACUCUUUACGUCUCCUCAUCUCAUCUCACCUUGUGAGCGCUUUCGUAUUAAUGGUAAACCAAUUACAGAUAAGGUCUUUUUAAAGCACUUUUAUGCCGUUUGGGAUGGUCUUGAAAAAACGCAAGACCAGAGUGGAUCGUACCCACCAAUGGCCUGGUUUUUUCGUUUUCUCACGCUUAUGGCACUGCAUCUUUUUACUCAUGAAAAAGUUGAUGUUGUUGUACUAGAAGUUGGCCUUGGAGGACGUUUAGAUGCGACGAACGUGUUUCGCAGACCUGUAGUGUGUGGAAUAUCAGUACUUGAUCUGGACCACACGCGCGUGCUGGGUGGAUCCAUUGACCAAAUUGCUUAUUCCAAAGCUGGCAUAUUCAAGCCUGGUGUUCCGGCCUUCACAACAGCACAGGAGCCACUUGCGAUGAAAGUGUUGGAAAAAUGUGCUGCGAAAACUGCCACACCAUUGACUUGUGUUCCAACACUCGAUGAAUUCGGACCUGAUGGAGUGAAUUGUCAACUUGGUCUGCACGGUGAGUAUCAGCGCACGAACGCAGGUCUUGCCGUGGCAUUAGCGUCUACAUGGCUGCGCUACAAACGUAAUCAGGCCACAUUUGCCCAGCUAGAAGUGGCCAGCGCACUUGAAGCAGUGGUGAAGGAAGGACUGAAGCAGGCAUUCUGGCCAGGCCGAGCACAGCUGUGGGAUGAUAAAAUACACAAGAUGUGCUUUUACAUUGAUGGUGCGCACACAAAGCGCAGUAUUGAGUGCUGUGCAAACUGGUAUCGCAAAACAGCAAUCGAGACAUCAAUGUCGCGGAAGCGUGUGCUUAUUUUUACAAUUCAUCACGAACGAAAUGUGGCACAGCUUUUUGAAUCGCUAUUAACCUUGCACUUUGACUACGUCUACUUUUGCCCAACCAGCUCAGCACGCCCUAGUCUUGCAAAAGUCCAUACUUUUUCAGAGGCUCUAAUAAUCGGUGGUUUCCAGCAUGUGAUUGAUAAUUAUUCGUCGGAAGAAUUAGUAAUGCUUGAUGACGUUGAAAGCGAGCGUCAUCCGUGGCAAACGACGCUCUCACGUAUCUGGUCUGCCUUAUUGAAAUUUCAUACGAUGGGAGGUCAAAGUAAAUGUGUUGCGAUUAAAGAUUCGGUCAUGGACUGCAUACAUGAGCUUCGAGCGCUCUCUCAGGAAGGUGCGACUUUUUUUACUGAGGGUAGAAUAGCAACAGACGAGGGAUGGGAGAAGUGGAGUGUUCUUGUGACAGGCUCUUUAUAUCUUUGUGGUGAGACACUGGAUUUUCUGGGCUGGCAGGAGUAA